GGGCCUCAUUAGCGUAAUUAGCGGCUGCGCUAAUGAGGGGCCCCGGGAGCAGCGUCACCCGCGAGGCCCCGCCUAGCGCUUGGGCUCGCCUCUGCUCCUAAUCGCUGCUUAACGGACCUUUAAUUAGUUAUUAAUUACCUAUUAAUUAACUGCUAAUCAUUAAUUACCUGUUAAUUAACUCUUAAUUAGUGCUAGCAGCUAAUGAGCGCGCUCGGGGGGGCUCUCGGCACUCAUUAGCCGCCCGCCGGCGCGGGGCCUGCCACCCCCCGCCGUCGCCCCGCGCUAAUUAGCGCCCGUUAAUUAGCCUAUUGUUUUCGGUAGUUGCCAGGCCCGGCCCCGUGCCCAUGGCAACCAUUGCGGGGCCCGGCGGCCCUUGCGCGCCACUCCGCCGUCAAGGAGGGUGGCGGCGGCGCGACAGCGUCGUAAAUCCAAAGCCCGCGCUACCGAGCUAGCUGCCACGCUGUCGUAAAGCGAGGGCGCUCCUAUCCGGAGGCGGGUCGCGAAACGCCGCGGAGCUUCCGCGCCCGGCGGCAGGAGGUCAGCCGCGGCGCCGCCGAGCGCGGCGCCGCCGUUGCCUCCCGCCGCAAAGCGUCGCGAAAGCCGCGCUCGACGGCCGCGUCGCCCGCCGGGCCCCGUUGCCGCCGGUGCCGUGAAGCGCGGCGGCGGCGGCGGCGCAGCGGGAUGGCGGCGCCGGGCGCCGGCGGGGCGGGGGGGGGCGCCGGCGGCCCCGGCGAGCUGCACCCGCGCACCGGGAAGCUGGUGUCGCUGUCGCAGGGCGGCCGGAGCGCCGCGCGGGCCCAGCCGGGCCAGGAGUUCAACCACGGGCUGGUGCUGAGCCGCGACCCGCUGCGGCCCGGCCGCGUCUUCACCGUCCGCAUCGACCGGAAGGUGAACUCGUGGAGCGGCUCCAUCGAGGUGGGGGUGACGGCGCUGGACCCGGCGGAGCUCGACUUCCCCAGCAGCGCCACGGGGCUGCGCGGCGGCUCCUGGGUGGUGUCGGGCUGCUCGGUGCUGCGCGACGGGCGCUCGCUGCGCGAGGACUUCGGGCCCGACCUCGACGCCCUGGCCGAGGGCGACCGCGUGGGCGUGCAGGCCACCGCCGGCGGCGAGCUGCGCCUCUGGGUCAACGGGCGCGACUGGGGGGUGGCCGCCGCCGGGCUCCCCCCCCGCGUCUGGGCCGUCGUCGACCUCUACGGCAAGUGCACCCAGGUCACCGUGGUGCCCCCCGAGGCGCCCGCGCCGCCCCCCCCGCCGCCCGCGCCCCCGCUCCCGCCCGCCGCGCCCCCCCUCCAAGCGCUGCCCCCCGCCCCGGCCCCCCCCCGGGCCCAGCCCCGGCCCGACAAGUUCCCCGACAGCCUGGACCCCGAGGGGGGGGCGGCGUGGGCGGGGCCGGCGGCGCCCACCUCCAACGAGGCGCUGCUCUUCCACGAGAAGUGCGGCGCCCUCAUCAAGCUCAGCAACGGGCACAAGACGGCCGAGCGCCGGCGGCCGCUCGACGAGUUCAACAACGGCGUCGUCCUCACCAACCGGCCCCUGCGCGACGGCGAGAUGUUCGAGAUCCGCAUCGACAAGCUGGUGGACAAGUGGUCGGGCUCCAUCGAGAUCGGGGUGACGGCGCACAACCCCAACAGCCUCGAGUACCCCGCCACCAUGACCAACCUGCGCUCCGGCACCAUCAUGAUGAGCGGCUGCGGGAUCCUCACCAACGGCAAGGGCACCCGGCGCGAGUACUGCGAGUUCAGCCUUGACGAGCUGCAGGAAGGCGACCACAUCGGGCUGACGAGGAAACCCAACAACGCGCUGCACUUCUACAUCAACGGCAUCGACCAAGGGGUGGCCACGACGCUGACGCCGCUGGUGGUGUACGGCGUGGUGGACCUGUACGGCAUGGCGGUGAAGGUGACCAUCGUGCACAACCACAACCACAGCGACCGGCUGCGCCGCAACAACGCCAUUCUGCGGGCGCUGUCCCCCGAGGGCGGCCGGCGUGUCCCCGAGCCCCCCGGCGUCCCCGAGCCCGACCCCGACCGCCUCCUCUUCCACCCCAACUGCGGGCAGAAGGCCGCCAUCGUCAACGAGGGGCGCACGGCCCUGCGGCCCCACGCCACGGACGACUUCAACCACGGCGUGGUGCUCAGCAGCCGGGCGCUGCGGGACAACGAGCUCUUCCAGGUGCGCAUCGACAAGAUGGUGGACAAGUGGGCCGGCUCCAUCGAGAUCGGCGUCACCACCCACAACCCCGCCUACCUCCAGCUGCCCUCCACCAUGACCAACCUCCGCUCAGGGACCUGGAUGAUGACGGGCAACGGGGUGAUGCACAACGGCACCACGGUCCUCGACGAGUACGGCCACAACCUCGACCGCCUCAAGGCGGGUGACACGGUGGGGGUGGUGCGCAAGGACGACGGCACCCUGCACUUCUUCGUCAACGGGGUGGCGCAGGGCCCCGCGGCCUGGAACGUGCCGCCCAACGUCUACGCCGUCGUCGACCUCUACGGCCAGGCCGCCCAGGCCACCAUCGUCGACGACGGCGAGCUGGCGGCGCUGGGGGCCGAGGGCUCGGAGGGGGCGACGCCGGGGACGCCGGGGAGCCCGGCCCCGGGGGGGGCCCUCAGCGACCUGCGCUUCCACCAGCUGCACGGCACCAACGCCGUCAUCACCAACGGCGGCCGCACCGCCCUGCGCCACAACUGCCGCUCCGAGUUCAACGACGCCAUCGUCAUCUCCAACCGGGCGCUGCGGGACGGGGAGCUCUUCGAGAUCGUCAUCCAGAAGAUGGUGGAUCGCUGGUCGGGCUCCAUCGAGGCCGGUGUCACCGCCAUCCGCCCCGAAGACCUGGAGUUCCCCAACACCAUGACGGACAUCGACUAUGACACCUGGAUGCUGAGCGGCACGGCCAUCAUGCAGGACGGCAACACCAUGCGCAACAACUACGGCUGCGACCUGGACGCGCUGGGCACCGGCUCGCGCAUCGGCAUGCUGCGCACGGCGCAGGGCGACCUGCGCUACUUCAUCGACGGCGCCGACCAGGGCGUCGCCUGCUCCGGCCUCCCCCCAGAGGUGUACGCCGUGGUGGACCUGUACGGGCAGUGCGUGCAGGUGUCCAUCACCGGCGCCACGGGCCCCGCCGACAACAGCCUGGCCGCCAGCAGCAGCACCGAGAAGUCCUGCGCGCUGCACUCGCCCGUGCCCGGCGUGGCGCACCGCUUCCACGCCAGCUGCGGCAAGAACGUGGCGCUGGAGGCCGAGGGCUGCCGGGCCGCCCGCGUCGCCGGCUACUGCCACGGCCUCGUCUUCAGCCGCACCGAGCUGCGCCCCGACGAGGUCUUCGAGGUGCGCAUCGAGGCGCUGGACGAGCGCUGGGCGGGCUCGGUGCGCCUGGGGCUGACGGCGCUGCCGCCGGGGCAGGGCCCCCCCGGCCCCCCCGCCCUGCCCGCCUCCCUGCUCGACCUGCCGGCCCGGCCCACCUGGGUGGUGGCGGGCGCCGAGGUGCGCCGCAACGGGGCCCUCGCCCGCCACAACUACGGCGUCUCCCUCGAGCGCCUCGCCGUGGGGAACCGGGUGGGGGUGAAGCGCUGCGCCGACGACUCCAUGCACAUCCUGGUCGACGGCGAGGACAUGGGUGCUGCUGCCACCGGCGUCGCCAAGAACGCCUUCGUGGCGCUGGACCUGUACGGGCGGGUGACGGCCGUCUCCAUCGUCAGCGCCGCGGCGCAGGGUGACGCCGAGGGCCCCCCCGGCCCCCCGGCCUCCGCCGCCACCUCCGCCGCCGCCAGCGACGCCGAGGACGACGCCUCCGGGGAGGCGAGCCCGGCGCCGGCACCGCCGACCUUCCUGGAGACGCACGGCAAGAACAUCCUGCUGUCCAACGGCAACCGCACGGCCACCCGCGUCGCCAGCUACAACCAGGGGCUGGUGGUGGUGGGGCAGCCCCUGCCCCCCGGGCGCCUCUUCCAGGUGCAGAUCGACUGCCUGAACCCGCAGUGGAGCUCCUCGCUGGCGCUGGGCGUCACCGGGGCGGCCCCCGAGCGCCUGCCCUUCCCCGCCACCGCCGCCGCCCUCAAGCGCUCGGCCUGGCUGCUGCAGCGCCGCGCCGUCUUCCGCAACGCCGUCAAGAUCUGUGACAACUACGGCCCCAACCUGGACACGGUGCCGGCGGGGACGGUGCUGGGGCUGCUGGUGGACGCCGCCGGCGGCCUCCACCUCUUCGUCAACGGCCUCGACCAGGGCGUGGCGGCGGGGGACGUCCCGGCCCCCUGCUACGUCCUGCUCGACCUCUACGGCCAGUGCGAGCAGGUGACCAUCGUCGCGGAGCCGGCGGCGCCCGGAGCGGGGGGCGGCGGGGACCCCCGUGCCCGGGGCGACGUGGAGAAGGCCGACGUGGUGGACGGGAUCAAGGAGAGCGUGUGCUGGGCCCCCCCGCUGGACGCGGCCCCCCUGAAGCCCUGCGAGUACCAGGCCCUGUGCGGCCGCUUCAAGGACCUGCUGCUGCUGCCCGACGAGUACUUCGCGCCGGAGCCCAAGCGCAGCCUCUGCUUCUGCGAGUCCUGCCACAAGCUGCGGGGCGACGAGGGCGGCUUCCGGCGGGGGGAGGCACCGCGCGACGGCCCCCAGCCCGUCGGCUGGUGCCGCUUCAGCCUCCGGCCGCGGCCGGAGGCGGGGGGGGCCUGGCGGAAGUGGCCGGUGGCGUUUCAUGGCACCAGCGCCGGCGCCGUGCGGCGCACGCUCGACCGCGGCCAGCUCGUCCCAGGCUCCUCGUCCAUCCUGAGCUGCCCGGCCAAGGGGGAGGCGGCCGGGGGGGGGGCGCCACGGGGCCCCCCCGGCGCUGCAGGGGCCCAGGCGUCCGGGCCCCCCCGCCUGGUGCUGUCGCCGGCCCUGCGCUACGCCGCCCUCGAGCCCUUCGCCACCAAAGUGCACUUCCGGGACCCGCGGUCGCAGCGGCCGCACGGGGCGCAGGUGGCCUUCGAGGUGUGCGUGCGGCCGGGCUCCUUCCGCCCGGGGCCGCCCUCGCUGCGCCCCCCCGAGGGCCUCGACCCCCGCCUGAGCCCCGCCGAGCUCGAGUGGGUCACCAAGGAGCCCGGCGCCACCGUCCUCUGCGGCCUCCUGGUGCGCGUCGAGUGACCGCCCCCGCCCCGGAGCCCCCCAGGAGCUGCCCGGGACCUCCCGGGGCCACCAAGGAGCCGCCCGGGGCCACCGGGAACCUCCCAGGGCCCCCCAAGACUGCCCAGGGCCCCCCAGGACUUCCCGAGGCCACCAAGGAGCUGC